AUGAAUAUGAAGUCUGAUAAAGACGACGAAGUAAUCCCAGAAAUGCUGAAAUCUCUUCGAAUUCUGCUUAAAGCUGAAAUCCGAAUGGAUAACUCACGGUUCGCUAUCAUCAUUCAUGUUGAAAAGAACUCUGUGAUCAAACAGCCACAUCGGCGGCGAAGCCCCAUGAUCUAUGGAUUGGAGAAGUGGAAAGCGCCGCCAACGAUGAUAGAGAAGCUUGUCUGCAUGGAAGAAGCUAGGGCGUACCCCAGAAGCGACACGCAUUGUCCUCGCCCGGGCAUUGUGGCAAAUAUGCGAGGGCUACCGGCUAGAGGACGGAGCCGGCCAAAGAAGUUAAUCCUCCAUCGCCAGCAACAUCCAGUGCUCUUGGCAACACUUAACGUUGGGACGCUUACUGGAAGAAGUCGUGAACUGGCAGACAGUCUCAGAAAACGCUGUGUUGACAUAUGUUGUGUACAGGAGACUCGCUGGAAAGACUCCAAGUCAAGGGAAUUAGGCCAUGGCUAA